AUGCAACACCCCGGUGGGGCUUUUGUUUACAUGUCGAAGGCCCCUAGCACCGCUAAGACCUACGAGGGUGACGGAGACUGGUUCAAGGUCUAUGAAGAGAACGCCUGGUGCACUUCGGACAAGGACAUCAUUGAGUUCACUGUUCCUAAGGAUACCCCAGACGGAGAGUACCUUGUCCGCGUAGAGCAUAUCCCUGUUCAUGGGACGCAUGUUGGACAGGCUGAGUUCUAUAACUCUUGA